AUGAUUGUCGGCUCCCACCCUCGUGAGGGCGACCUCGAAAUCAACGUAUGCAAGGAAAAGAAGUUGACGAAUAUGCGAUCGUCAACGGCCGAUGUGGCCAAGCGUUUGAAGGCCACCGUAACUAUGAGUCUCGAGGAAGCGCUGGCAUACAUCACGGACGACGAGCUGCUGGAGGUAACGCCGCAUAAUCUGCGCCUGCGCAAGAUGGAACUCUCCGCUUUGGACCGAAAGCGCCAUCGCCGCGACGGGUCGCGGGCCCGGGAUUAA